AUGAUUCUAGCUGAGAGUGUCAAUGAAGGCUGGAACAACUCCUUUCCUUUGACAGGAACGCGUCCACAGCCCGAAUUUUCUGUGGGUUUCAGAAGAGAGGCAUUUACCGACGAGCAGCUCGGCAAGCUUGCCCCAUUCAUUGGCAACUUUAUCUCCGGCGAUCAGUCGUACUUCAUGGCCACGUACUACAUGUACUUCCCGUUCCUUACUUAUGAGAGUAUGACGCUUGCGGUGAGAGCUACCGUGGAGCUCUUUAGACUCAUUGGUCGUGAGAUGGAACUUCAUCAGGAGAUUCUCGUCUUCUCAAUCUCGCAUGACCACAGAUCGGUGAGAAUCUAUGGACACUACCCAGCCAUUGAUGGGAAGGACACCAAGUAUUACCGCCAUCCAAUACACGAGUUCAGCUUCACAGCCCUGGAUGGAAAGGAGAAAUGGACGGCAUACAAGUUCACCAAGAACGUUUACGAGACCUGGAUUUCAGCGUUCCACAACUUUCCCAAAGUUUUGGGCUUUCAGAAGACCUUCAGCGCUAUGAUCUUUCGUGAUCGAGCCAGCCUGAUUCUCAAUCACAAGGAAACAGUCAGCAAAGUACUGGCGGCGGCGCAAGGGACUUCCACCCCCAACACCUCUUUCACCGGCCGAGGCGCGCCGAAGAGACCCAGGAAAAGGCUUGCUGAAGGACAGUAG